UUGUUCAUCGACAUCGAUAGAUUAAAUUAUUAAGGUGUGAAAAUUAUGGCUGGAUUAAAUCCUGGAAUUGAGAAAUUUGAUUGGUCUUUAAUAAAAGAUGUAAACAUUAACCUGAAUGCUGUUAAGGAAAAUGUUUCUAAUUUGGUUGCUUCAAAAUGUUUAAGCAGUUACCAUAGAGCUGCUUGGUUGUUGAAGGCAGUUACUUGCAUUGAUUUAACAACUCUAGGAGGUGAUGAUACACAGAGCAAUGUAGCUAGAUUGUGCUUCAAAGCAGCACAUCCUAUAUCAGCAGAUUUAUUAAAAACUUAUGAUUUAGAUUAUUCUGUUAUUCAUACAGCUGCUGUCUGUGUGUAUCCCUCAAGGGUUAUAGAUGCAUAUAACACAUUGAAGAAAAUGAAGAUGAUUAGUAAAAUUAAUAUUGCAUCAGUUGCCACAGGAUUUCCAAGUGGACAGUAUUGUUUAAAAAGUCGAUUAGAAGAGAUUAGGUAUGCUAUACAAGAAGGUGCUAAUGAAAUAGAUAUUGUUAUAGACAGAAGUUUGGUUUUAACUGGGCAAUGGUUAACAUUGUUUAAUGAAAUUAAAAAAAUGAAGGAUGUUUGUGGAGAAAUCCAUAUGAAAGCUAUUCUUGCCACAGGUGAACUUGGAAACUUAACAAAUGUAUACAUGGCAUCAAUGGUUGCUAUGAUGGCAGGAGCAGAUUUUAUUAAAACAUCUACUGGCAAAGAAUCUAUUAAUGCAACACUUCCUUUUGGUAUGGUUAUGGCUUCAGCAAUUUCAAAAUAUCAUGUAAAAUAUGGUUUUAAAGUUGGUUUAAAACCUGCAGGUGGAAUAAGAACAAGUGCUGAUGCUAUUAAUUGGUUAAUUAUGAUAAAAGAAUUGCUAGGUGACGAAUGGCUAAGUCCAAAAUUAUUUAGAUUUGGUGCUUCAGGUCUACUAACAGAUAUAGAACAUGCAUUGUUUGAGUAUGCAACUGGAUUGAAAGCUGUUCCAUUGAAUUUUACUAUGGGUUAACCAUAAUUAUUAAUAUUUUGUGUUAAUUAUAUUUGAUUAAAAAAAGUUAUUAUUAAAGGA